CAAUCAGCGCGAGGCUCUUGCGGCAGGUCCGUGCGUCGCGCUCGCGGAGGAUCAGACGCUCCAUAUUUAGCUGUAGCGAGUCUCGCAGAGGCUCUGAGUGUCAGAGAAACCCUGAGAGAGAGUUCAACUCUCAACUUAUUUCAUGUCACCACUGGCGUAAAACGAAGGGAAUACGCGCUACUGAAAAGCCACUAGCUUCGAGUGUGGAAUCCAGUGAUGAUCGGGGACUUUAAGCGAAGAGAAGACGGCGUUUGACGGGAUUUUUUCCCUCUCAGAAGGGAAUGUAGCUUAGCUGGUUAGCCUGGCCACUAGCAGUAGCAGGCUAGCGCUGUCGAAGAGAGGAGGCGACAUAAGUGGACUUUUACUCGCUAUAACGUCAUAACACCUCAACAAACCGCCUCACUCUUUCCAAAGACGAGUUUCUGAAGGCGUCGUCGUCACAGAAACAGCGAUUCGGGACUGCAUUUGAGGGGAACUUUUCGAUUUAGCUGUCUAGCUAGCUGGCCGUCACGUCAAUCUAUCAACCGAACCUGAAAUCCCGACCAGAUACUGAGGCACCGAACCUCCCUCCUCUCUCGGCCCUCCGUUGAUAUACGAGCUUCUGGGAAGGUGGAUUAAAAGCCCGCAACACGGGAGGAGACGCUCGCAUUGGGUUAACGGAACCGGGCGGCCGUCGGGAUCCAAGUAGAGUUUCUGAAGUUCGUCUACUGCGAGCCGGGGACGGAACCGGACAGAGACCUCAUGAAUGGAAAUCGGAACUACAGGAGCCGUUGGGGCCCAGUCCCUGUUCUCCGUGCCACGGAGGCCCGGCUAUGGCACCAUGGGGAAACCCAUCAAGCUGCUGGCCAACUGCUUCCAGGUGGAGAUCCCCAAGAUGGAUGUCUACCUGUAUGAGGUCGACAUCAAGCCUGAGAAGUGUCCACGCCGUGUGAACAGGGAGGUUGUGGACUCCAUGGUGCAGCACUUUAAAGUCACCAUCUUUGGGGAUCGAAGGCCAGUUUAUGAUGGGAAGAAAAGUCUCUACACCGCCAACCCACUGCCUGUGGCGCCCGCUGGGGUGGAUCUGGAUGUUACUCUGCCAGGGGAAGGGGGCAAGGACCGACCCUUUAAAGUCAGUAUUAAGUUUGUGUCCCUGGUGAGCUGGCACCUGUUGCACGAGGUACUAACUGGUCGCAGUAUGUCAGAGCCCUUGGAGCUGGACAAGCCAAUCAGCACCAACCCAGUUCACGCUGUGGAUGUGGUUCUACGGCAUCUGCCCUCCAUGAAGUACACACCCGUGGGCCGCUCAUUCUUUUCUGCCCCGGAGGGCUACGACCAUCCUUUGGGUGGAGGCAGAGAGGUGUGGUUCGGCUUCCACCAGUCUGUUCGGCCAGCCAUGUGGAAGAUGAUGCUCAACAUUGACGUGUCAGCCACGGCUUUCUACAAAGCACAGCCAGUUAUUCAGUUCAUGUGUGAGGUACUGGACAUCCACAACAUUGAUGAGCAGCCUCGCCCCCUCACAGACUCCCACAGAGUCAAAUUCACCAAAGAAAUCAAAGGUCUGAAGGUGGAGGUGACACACUGCGGAACCAUGCGGAGGAAGUACCGGGUCUGCAAUGUGACCCGCCGCCCUGCCAGCCACCAAACGUUCCCUUUGCAGUUGGAGAAUGGCCAAACUGUAGAACGAACAGUAGCUCAGUAUUUCAGAGAGAAGUACAACCUGCAGCUUAAAUACCCCCACCUGCCCUGUCUACAGGUGGGCCAGGAGCAGAAACACACCUACCUGCCCCUGGAGGUGUGUAACAUUGUAGCAGGGCAGCGGUGCAUCAAGAAACUGACAGAUAAUCAAACAUCCACCAUGAUCAAAGCCACGGCACGAUCAGCACCAGACAGACAGGAGGAGAUCAGCAGACUGGUGCGCAGUGCUAACUAUGAAGCAGACCCUUUCGUGCAGGAGUUUCAGUUUAAGGUGCGAGACGAGAUGGCCCACGUGACGGGGCGCGUGUUGCCUGCGCCCAUGCUGCAGUACGGGGGCAGGGUGAGCACAGAGCACUUUAUGAAUCGCACUGUGGCCACACCCAGUCAUGGAGUUUGGGACAUGAGAGGGAAGCAGUUCCAUACCGGGGUGGAGAUCAAGAUGUGGGCCAUCGCCUGCUUCGCCACGCAGAGACAGUGCAGAGAAGAGAUUCUCAAGGGUUUCACCGACCAGCUGCGUAAGAUCUCAAAGGACGCUGGGAUGCCCAUCCAGGGUCAGCCGUGUUUCUGUAAGUACGCACAGGGAGCCGACAGCGUGGAGCCCAUGUUCAGACACCUGAAGAACACCUACUCCGGACUGCAGCUCAUCAUCGUCAUCCUUCCAGGAAAAACACCCGUCUAUGCGGAAGUGAAGCGUGUUGGAGACACUCUUCUAGGAAUGGCCACUCAGUGUGUGCAGGUGAAGAACGUGGUGAAAACCUCCCCUCAGACGCUCUCCAACCUCUGCCUCAAAAUCAACGUCAAACUCGGUGGCAUCAACAACAUCCUGGUGCCGCAUCAACGGCCUUCAGUGUUCCAGCAGCCAGUCAUCUUUCUGGGGGCGGAUGUCACUCAUCCACCUGCGGGAGAUGGGAAGAAACCAUCCAUUGCAGCAGUGGUGGGCAGUAUGGACGCUCAUCCCAGCAGGUAUUGCGCCACAGUGCGUGUCCAGAGGCCCAGACAGGAAGUGAUUCAGGACUUGGCCUCUAUGGUGCGAGAGCUUCUCAUUCAGUUCUACAAGUCCACUCGCUACAAACCCACCAGAAUCAUCUUCUACAGGGACGGCGUAUCUGAGGGCCAGUUUAGACAGGUGUUGUACUACGAGCUGCUGGCCAUUCGAGAGGCCUGUAUCAGUCUGGAGAAGGAGUACCAGCCUGGCAUCACAUACAUAGUGGUGCAGAAACGCCACCACACACGCCUCUUCUGUGCCGAUCGCAACGAGAGGGUGGGUCGCAGCGGAAACAUUCCUGCUGGUACGACAGUAGACACGGAUAUCACACACCCCUACGAGUUUGACUUUUACCUCUGCAGUCAUGCUGGAAUACAGGGCACUAGCCGACCCUCCCACUACCAUGUCCUGUGGGACGACAACUGCUUCACUGCUGAUGAGUUCCAGCUGCUCACUUACCAGUUGUGCCACACGUACGUGCGCUGUACCCGCUCCGUCUCCAUCCCUGCGCCAGCCUACUACGCCCACCUGGUGGCCUUCCGUGCCCGCUACCACUUGGUGGACAAAGAACACGACAGUGCCGAGGGAAGCCACGUCUCCGGGCAGAGCAACGGCCGGGAUCCCCAAGCGCUGGCCAAAGCUGUGCAGAUUCACCAUGACACCCUGAGGACCAUGUACUUUGCCUAAGCCAGCUCACAUCAAGCCCACGUUCGACUAGUCAUGCACACGAAACCGACAACCACACACACUCGCAGUCACAUCUCCCAAAAGCCUGUGCGUCCCGAAGGGUCGAUCUCUGUGGCGAUGGAAGCACGGCUCACCCCGACACUGUGCAGCAGGAUGAGGAAGGCCUGCUUUAAUUCCACAUGUGGACCUCGGCGCUAUUAUGCAAUAUUAAACCAGCCAACUGAGGCCGUUCUGUCAUAUCCCCUCCAAACCCUCGACGACAACCAAAAGGGAAGCCCGUCUAUAUCCCCGCUCCUCUUCCUGUCUGUAGACGUAACGUUUAAUCACUUUCCCUGCCCGUCACGCCUUGUACCUCAACGUUUUCUAACAGCACUUUUUCCCCUUAUUGUCCUCCCCCUUCCCCCAAAAUGAGAUUCGAAAGGAAGCAGAUGGAAAGACUGAGUUUCGGAAGAAAGGAAAUUUUGGGGAUAGAGGCGUCACAUGCUCUUACUAGCAAUUUUCUCAAUGUACUUUUCUCCCGUUCUCAAUUAUUUUUGUAGCCAAUGGUGACUUAACUACGUGUUAAAGUGUCAGUCGUGAAGAACCAAUUGUGCGUUAGCGUUUUAAAACAGAAAAACAAGCUUUUAUUGUUAGAAAAGUGCCAUUGCCGAGCAUAAAAAGUACUUUAUAUGACGUACCCCGCCAGGGGGGCAGAAAGCUGACCGUUGAUUUUAAAGCAAAUUUUCCAUUUACGCUCAGUAAUAUCUACCUGGCCUGUGAGCUUUCAUGUACUACAAUGCAAAGUGAUCAUGUUUUGAUAUGCUUUUUCUUUUUUUUUUUUUAAACACCUAAAUUCCCUCCGAUAUUUAUUUGUCUCCAUCAAUCGCAGCUCCUAGCAGAUUUGUCUUGUUCACUUCCCUUCUGCACUUUGUCUCAAUUUGAAACGCAUAGUCCGUAUUAUGUGACAGAUCAUAGUUUAGUGCAAUAAUCCAUUCGCGGGAUGAGAAUACCUCCUGUGCAAAGACUCACGGUUCGCUGGAAGCCUGUAGCGGUGAAAAAGGCAGCAUUGCGGUUGGUUUUUAAGGUGGAGGUGUGCAUGUUUGGCACUUUUAUAGUAUAGUAGGCGAUUCUGACGUUGGUGUGUUAACAAGUGCCUGCUAGAAAUGCUUGAUGUUGGGAGGUCGAACGGAAAAGGAUAGAUGUUGUCGGAAAUAACAAAUGCACCUCAUCUAGUCCAACCACAUUCGUCUGUACGGCCUUAACAAAAUCUCUUAUAAUGCGGUUUCAACUCAACGUUAACGUCUUGAUUUUCACUGCCCUGCCUGUUCAAAGGAUUUCGCUGCUAUUGUACUUGUUAAAGUCAGACCGGCAGGUUCAUGCUUCGGUUUCGCCUAAGCACGAGGGACUGAUUGGCAGCUCUGGGCCGCGUGUUCAAGGAGGAGCUCUCGCAGCACCUGAAGUGUGCUCGUUCACUGGAGGGCCACUAGGGGUCAGUAUAGUAUUUUACUUGAAGAGUGCAUCUCGGUGCAGUGAGCGUUGGGUGCCUUGCUGUCUCUCUGUGCGCCAUCUGAAGCAUGUCCAGCUGUUUAAAGGUGAUAAUCUGCACUAAAUAAUGCGUAAUGCAUGGUGCUAUUAGGUGCGGCCCGUGGCGGCAUCAGCAAUUGGCAGAGACUUAAUGUGUAAGAUGGGAACAUGGGAUGCAUAAAUGGUGCUGGUUGCAUAUUUUUCUCUCACUCCGAGGAGAAAUGUCUCAUCAGGACAGACAUUUGGUCGUUUUGUAUGUUUGUUGUUGUUUGUUUGUUAGAUUUGCAUUUGAUUUUAUUGCGCAGAAUGGUACAGCACUGUGGCCAGUCAGAAUACGAUUACGGUCAAUUGCACGAAGCACUAGAAAGUGGAACAUUUUAAUACAUAAUUAUGAUUUUUCAAUAAAAAUUUCAGCCCUUUUAAAAUCCAGAACUGUUUAUGCAAUCAGAUGUUUGCUUCUUAAAUUCUAAAGUAUGAUUAAUAAAGAUUGAAACUAAUGCAGUAGGCUGUUAUAUAAAGGGUUUUCUGCGUUUUUUUUUUUUUUUUUUUUUGAAGUGUGCAUUAGAGGUCGGACCUGUAGAGGAAGGUACAUCAUGUUUUAUGCCCAUCAGGCUUGUCAGAAGUGGUUUAAGUGAUGAGUGGAAGCAAAACAGCAGCUACUGAAAUUGCGCCCUUUUUAUUUCACCUUUCCUAAUGAAACAAACCACUAUUGGUGCUUCAGAGCCUUGGAAGUAAAGCCGUCUGUGUGCGGAUGCCAAACAGUUUAAGAAGCAAUCUUGAUGAGUUGUCAUGCAAUUUUAUUUUUGUGUCGUUUUAACUUCAAAUAUAUAUAUAUUUUACUAACCCUUGCCUCUUAUUUUGGCAAGAAAUGUCUCUUUAAAGGGAUAGUUCGGUUAUAAGUGAUAAUAAAUUGUUAUUAUUUAGUCACCCACAUGUUGCAUGACUUUUCUAUCGCUGAACGUGGUGUUUUGAAGAAUGUGUGAGCUGCUGUUUUUCAUGCAACAUAAGCGAACGGAUAUCAGUGAAUAGUUUAGACUAUUUUUACAUUCAUUUGGAGCUUGCUAGUAAAAAUUAGUCCAUUUUUGUUGCACAAGUCAACAGCUUAAGACGGACGUUCCGCAAAAUUGCUUCUUAUGAAAGAAGUUUUGAACGACACAAGGGUGAGAAAAUUAUGGAAGCUUGUUUCUGCCAUGAAAUAAAAAGUAAAAAAGGUAAUGUGACUUUUUUCUCACAAUUAUGAGAUAUAAACUCAGUUGCAAGUUAUAAAGUCAGAAUUGUGAGAUAUAAACUCGCAAUUUGCACGUUAUAAUGUCCAAUUGUGAGGGAAAAAAGACUGACGUUUUUUCUCAGAAUUGCGAGUUUAUAAUUCUGACUUUAUAACUCGAAAUUGCGAACUUAUAUCAUGCAAUUCUGAAUUUAUAACUCACAAUUGUGAGUUUAUAUCACACAAUUCUGAGAAAAAAAGUUAUAAAGUCAGAAUUGCGUAAUUAUAAAUUCUCAGUUGCAAGAAAAGUCAGAAUAAAGUCACUUUUUCUCGCAACUUUAUAUCACGCAAAUGCGAGUUUAUAUCUCUCAAUUCUGACUUUUUUCUCAGAAUUGUGAAAUAUAAACUUGCAAUUGCGAGUCAAUUGUAAUUUAUAAAGUCAGAAUUGUGAGAUGUAGUCCCAAUUCUGACUUUUUCUUGCGAUUGCGAGUUUAUAAUCAUGCAAUUCUGACUUUAUAUCACUCAAUUCUGACUUUAUAUCACAAUUCUGACUUUAUAUCUCGCAAUUCUGACUUUAUAAAUUGCCAUUCUGACUUUAUAACUCAAAAUUCUGACUUUAUAACUUGCAAUUGCGAGUUUAAAUCUCGCAAUUCUGAGAAAAAAGUCAGAAUUGUGUCGCAACUACUUUUUUUUUUUUAUUUAGUGGCAGAAACAAUCUUCCAUAGAAAAUAAUGUAAUUUUCACUUUUAGCUGAACGAUUCCUUUAAAGCAGCAGCACAUUUUAACCGAAGAUUGUAAAGAGUGUUUGUUUGUAUUGGCAGUGGAGGGAGUAACUGUGGUAGCAGAUGUUGUUGCAGGGAAGGCGAUCGGUUUGUAGCAGAGUUUCAUGAGUUUGUUGCCUGACGUGGCUUCCGUUAUCCAGAAGGCUAGAAGCGAAGUCAAACGGCCACUUCCCAGUCAGACGGCGUAUUUUCUCCUCUCCUCUUGUCUCGUCUUUUAAUUUAGAGCUUUUUGGGAGGGUCUUCUUUUAGGGUCUAAAACGUAACACGAGUUCAGAGUUCAUAGAAAGUGCCUUUCCUCAUGAUGGUGCUGAAUAAUCUGAGACUAAAGUGAGAAAUCAAAGAGCAUAUUAGUCUUAUUCUUACCUUGAAGAAGGUGUUGCACACAUGCAAACACACGAACACAUUUUUAUCUCGAUCGGGAGGCUCAGCGCCUCUUUGUAUAUUCAGAUAUUAUAAUGACGAUGAUAUAUGCCAAGUAUAUGAGCGAACGGUUGAGUUCUGUAUCAUACUGUAUUAGGAGUCCGGACCAAUGCAAUGGAAGCGUUCUUAUAGGUGAAUGUGCUAUCUUUAGAUAGGGGGCAGAGCGGACACUCAUAUGACACAGGCCUGACCCUGGACAGGAAAGCCUAGCACAGCACUUUAAAGACUGCCACCUAAACAAGGAAACAAAGUCACAGUGCUUUGCUCUCCUUUUUCUUUUACCACCAUAAGCCCCUUUUUUUUCUCUAGCGCUUGAAAUCUUUGCUGAGGGAAACUUGAGCGAGAUUAAUUGAGGUUUAUACAAGGCUCCGGUGACGUCUUUUUGGACUAAAAAAAAUGUUUUGUUUUUUUUUGUUUUUUUUUGCCGUGACUGAGCGAUCCCUCUCAAUGUGCAAUGGCCCAUAUAAACCUACAGUAAAUACAGUAUAUGUUUUGAUCCCCAUGGCCUGUAUUUUGUCACAUGGGUGCCCGUUGGUCCAGGAGGAUAUACCUCGAUGUAGAUCUCAAAACACUGCACCUCUCUUACCUUGGUAUGCUGCAAAUGUUAUAGUGAAAGAAACUGCAAAUGGGUGAAUCUCAUGAAAGAACAUGUCCUGCUCACAUUUCACGCCAACAUCGCAAGACCAGUAUAAGAAAUUAUAUUUUGCAUGACAAAAAUUAAGCCUAUUUUUUGCAUUGUGACAAUUAAAUAAACUCCCCCCUCCCCAAAUUCUCAAAAAAAAAAAAAAAAAAAAAAAACAUGAUUAUAUUAAAAUUGUGACGUAUUUGUACACCACAGUAAUAUUAGCUGCAUUGCUUUUCAUUUAUGCUGGUUUAAUGAUUUAAUGUAAUACAGCAAAUAUCGUUCUAUCACUAUUGAGAAUUAUGGGAAUUACAAAACAGCUCAAAACUUCGGGGGAAAUGUGCUUAAUUGUUAUGCAAAUAAUGCAACAAUUGUAUUGGUUGCUAUAAUAUGCUUCAUUUUUGUCAUGCAAAAUGUAAUUUCUAGUGUAAACAAAAACAUCACAAAACAAAAAAUAUACAAUUAUAUUUUGAAAAAUAUAUAGAAAAUGAAGCCUAGUUUUUGACAUUGUGACAAUAUUUUUAUAACAAUUAAAUGCAUUCUCCCUCUCAAAGUUCUUAUUAUGCAAAAAAUUAUUAGAAUAUUAAAAUUAGGGUUGUCAAGAGAAUACAUUUUUUAAUCUAAUUAAUUACAUUAUGUGGCGAUUAAUUAAUCUAAUUAAUCGCAAUUUAAUUGCACAUCAAUUUUGGCUGAGAAAUUACCCCCAAAAGAUCAUUUGAAGUCAUUAUUGUGUAAAGCAUCAGAAAGUAGCUUCAGAAAUAAGUAUUUUAUUUGAUUCAACAUAGAAAUUUUUACACGUAUGGAAAUAUGAAAUUAUUUAUUUAUUUUAAAAAUAAAAUUAGACUCUAAAUAAGAAACUAAAACUGCCAGUAGGUGGUGGUAAAUGUGAUAAAUGUCUUAAUGAUGAAGUCGUUCAUUCAUUCAUUCAUUCGAUUUAUUCAGGAGUGAAGUAAAUGGUUUCUCUCUGUGUAGCGCCGCUUCAAGUUCAACAAGUCUUUUACGAAUGGUCUGCUGAAUCAUUGGUUUCACUCGGUUCGAUCAAAACGCAGAUUCAGAAAUGGAACUGUGUAUUGCGCGGACAUGAACAGUUCUGCUUUGUCUUUAAAUUUUCAUUGGCAAAAUUGAACAAAAUAGACAAUAUUGUGUCUAAAAUAACACAAUAUUAACUUCUUAUUUACUGAACUGUUGUAUAAAAUCAGUAUUGCAUAUGCACUCGUUAUAUAGGCUAUGGGACAAAAACAGCACUUGUGUAAUAUUGCACUCGUUACUCGUGUGAUAUUACUUAACUCAUAUGAUCUAAAUAUGUAACAAAAACACAUACAGGGGCAUAUUUGCCCCUAUAUCUUUAAUUUUAGGGACUUUCUGACUGCCUUCUAUAGGCUUCAUCACGCAGUGAGUUGUUGCUCUGAAUCAUAUUUGUCAUCAGUCAUCUGCAUGAAAUGUCAGGUGACCUACAUUGGUCUGGGGCGGGGCAAGUGCAUUAAAUUUAAUAAUUAAUCUAAUUAACGCGUCAAAUUGACAGCCCUAAUUAAAAUGUUCAUACAUCACGGUAGUAUGUUGGAUUGCCUUUUAUUUAUGCUGAUUUAAUGAUUAAAUAUAAUGCAGCAAAUAUCAUUCCAUCACCAUUGAGAAUGAUGGGAAUUCCAAAAAAAACAGCUCAAAACUUUGGGGAAAAUGUGCUUAAUUGUCGUGAAAAUAAUGCAAGAAAUAUUGGAUGUUAAAAUAGGCUUCAUUUCCUCUGUGUAAAAUAUAUAUAUAUAUUUGGGGGUGGAUAUGUUUUCUUGAGAUUCAGCCAGAUAUUACUUUGAUUACAGUAUAUUGCUCGACUAAUGCCUGACAACAAUAUCCUUAACAAUUUUAGAGUAAGAAGUCUAAUUGUAAGAAAACGAGUUGUUUUUAAAUCAUAACACGUAUCUUUUUUUUUUUUUUUCUUCUUUUAUUGAGCCAGCCUUUUAUUUUGUUGUCCUAUUUAAAUGUGUUUUGUUUUUCUUUUAAUAUAUUGGAAAUAUAUAUGGGAAAUAUUUAACGGUGUAUUUAUUGAGGGAGUGCUUUCGCGGCUGGAGUCUCCGCAUUGUUGGCCAGAGUUACGGGGGGUCGGGGGUCGGACGCCCUCGACAUCUUCUCACAAGCACAACCACAGAGUGGGCGGGGCCGGCACAAGCCUGAAGUGUUGGAUGACAUCACUUCCUCCUUGCCCUUUGACUAGAUCGUCCACCUCAUUCUUCAGCUCUCCAGCGAAAGAGGCUCGUCGCAUCCCACUCGUUGCAUCUCAUCUCUUUAAGGGACGGAGAACCACACUGACUUUGUUAUUCCAAAAAGAUAAAAAGCUGAUUGUUUUCAUCCAGAGCUGCUAAACUCUUAGCCAUACACGUUUCCCUGGAAGGAUGUUUGAUGCGUCCGGUGCUUUAAGUGGAGUCGAGAAGCAGAUAAUGCUAUUUGUCCUUCAUCAUUUGCUUGAGUUCAAUUGUCUUCGUGCCAGAGAGGGGGUCCCAUUCCACUCAGAUAUAUAUAAAUAUAUAUAUAUAUAUAUGAGCCUCAGCCUUAACUGUACUCUUUUGUUUUUCCCAUUCGACUUGAGACGUCUGUCAAACGCCUUAGUUGUGCGUAGAGAAGCAUACUAACUUCCUGUGUGGCAUCUCGGUUCUCUUUUAAACCACUAACUGCAGUAAUCUCAUCACUUCGAGAUUCGGAGUCUGUAUUUCAAAUGGUCAUGUUGUCAUUUUCCAGGAGGACAGAGACAUCGAGCUCCGGACGAGGUUGCUCUGAAAUCGCUGAACGGCGUCGCGUGUCGAUUUCCUAAAAAUGUUUACAAAACGGUUUACUGCAACGCAAAGCUCCAGCAUUCCAAAAAAAAAAAAAGACUGUGAACCAUCCGAUGCAAGCGUACGGCGAGUCUUGUCCAUCCUCCGUUCCUGUCAUUUCACGUCUCUUGUCUCUUGGUACUAGAUCGUUUCGAUGCUUAAGAAAGAGCCAAAGUUCUGCCGUUCCUUUCCGUGCGGGUCGGGAUGUGGCAUGUUAUUCCCCGUGUUCUCCGGGAUCUCCGUGGCUCUGUCCUCCCGUCUCUCCUCUCUCCGUGUUUGCAAAGAGUCUCUCUAAUGUACCAAGGGAUCUUUCUUUUACUUUGAAAUGUCUUUCUUUGUUUAAUAAUACUCUCUUUGUAGAUCAAUGGCCUUUUAGUGUUGCUUUGCUUCAGUUUGGAGUGUAUCUUUCACUAAUACUUGCAAUAAAAAGCUUUGCUUUUGAAACACA